AUGAAGACAAAAUACAGAAAAUCAAUGAAUUGUCAAAACUGUGAACAGUAUCGUAUAUUUAAUAAUGAUAUGCUUUUAUUUGAAAAUGCAACAUCAGCAAGAACAAGUUUAAAUACAAUAUCAAAUUAUGCUAAAAAUAUACUUGAUAAACUUUCUUUAAUGCGUGAUAAAGUUGAAUUAUGUGAUUUUCGUAUUAAUAUUAAUAAUAAACAAUUUUUAUGUCAUAAAUUUUUAUUAAUAGCAACAUCAGAUUAUUUUAAAGCAAUGUUUAAUGGUAAUAUGAAUGAAAGUCGAUCAGAUUAUGUUGAAUUAAAAGGUUUUGAAAAUUCAUCACAUGGUGUCGAAUCAAUGAUUAAUUUUUGUUAUUCGGGUUUACUUCAAAUAACAUUUGAUAAUAUUGAUCAAUUAUUACAUGCUGCAACACAUUUACAAAUAAAACAUGCUAUUGAUUUAUGUUCACAAUUUCUUAUUGAAUCAUGUUCAUUAAAUAAUUGUAUUGAUAUAUAUAAAAUAGCUGAUUUUUAUUCAUUAACAAAUGUCUUAGAUAUAGUACAUUUAUUUAUAUCAAAAAAUUUUCUUUCACUUAUGUUUCAUGCACGUGAACAAUUUGAACAAUUAACAUAUGAACAAAUAUAUCAAGAAUUAUCAUCUGAUACAUUAGAAAUGAAUACAUAUAAUGAAUAUGAUUUAUUUAUAAUGACAUGUACAUGGAUUGAAGCAAAUCGUAUUGAAAGAGAAAAAUAUGCUAUUGAUUUAUUUAAACUUAUCCGUUUUAUGUUAAUGACACCUGAACAAUUAUGUGAUCAUGUACGUAAACAUGAACUUAUUAAUAUAAAUGAACAAUCAAGAAAAUUAGUUGAAGAUGCACUAUGUUAUUAUGCUUCACCUAAUCGACAACCUUCAUUAAACGAUAUACAAUGUCAGAUAAGAAAUGAGCCAGUCUUAGUUGCUGUUGGAGAAAUUGAAUUAUUUACAUUGAAUACAACAUUAGAUAGAUGGGAAACACUUUGUCAAGCACCAUUAGAAGAAAAUUAUCCGGUAUGA